GUGUUAAAGCAGCUGACAGUAUGGACAGAAAGCGUCUUUUUCCGCGGUAAAACGGAGCCAUGAGGGCUAAAUGUGCGGCUGUGUGCUGGCAGAGGGAGAGUUAAUGUCGCCGCGGAGGACUUUCGGUGAAGUUGGAUGGGAUUUGGCUAGUUUUAAAGCAUGGAGCUAGCGUUAUAUUGGAUGUCGGUGUGUGUCCUGUUUAGCGUGCCGCUGGGGGGAUGUUUGGAGAUCCAUCUCUCGGAGACUUUACAGCCCGGGACCCUGUUAGCGAACCUGUCUCUCGGCCCUGGAUGGACUUAUAAAACUGACAGGACUUUAUCCAGUAAGUUUCUUCUUGGCUUUUUGGAUGUUGACAGGCACCAUGGAGGUGUCCGUCUGUCACACAGAGUGGAGUGUGCGCACACACCGAGGAACCCAGCGGCUGUUUAUUUCCGAACAGGAUCCUCAACAUCUGGAGACGUUAUUCUGACACAGUUUAAUGUGUUCGUCCACGGCCAGGACUGUUUCAUCAAAUACAGGAGAAAGCCAGGUGAGCCAGAUAUUCACAUUCAACACCUCUCCAGACUGAAAGCACCUGCCUGCCUCCCCGCAGGUAAACUUCUUCUGAAUGUAACUGAACAUUUGCCUGCCUUUAUGCGGAGCUCUGCCUUUUCUGAUAAACUGUGUGCAGGAAAAGACCUGAGUGCCGUGCACAGGCAUGGGGGUUUAUUCCUGGUCAGUGACUUGUGCCUUGAACACAUAGGACACUCUGAAGUGAAUCUGCACUGUGCGUUACACAGCUCUCCAGACGGCAGGCUCUCUGUGCAGCUGAAUCUGACCCUGGUGUCCAAACUGAGCGGAUCCCUCUCAGAAAGAGUCUGGAGAAGGGGGAAGCGACAGGCCAACACGUCUCCCCAGUUCCAGCUCCCUAACUAUCAAGUGUCCGUGCCCGAGAACGAGCCUGCGGGCACACGGGUCAUCACUCUGAAAGCCACCGACCCGGAUGAUGGAGAGGCAGGGAGGCUGGAGUACAGCAUGGACGCCCUGUUUGACAGCAGGUCCAAUGACUUUUUUGAUAUCGACUCCCAGACAGGGAGCAUAACAACCACCCAGGCACUGGACAGGGAGGUUAAAGAUACACAUGUGUUCAAAGUCACCGUGACUGACAACGGCUCCCCCAAAAGAUCUGCCACCUCUUACCUGACUGUCACUGUGAGCGACACUAACGACCACACCCCUGUGUUUGAGCUCAACGAAUACCGCGUGAGCAUCCGUGAGAAUGUUGAAGUGGGGUUUGAAGUGAUGACGAUCAGAGCCACGGAUGGGGAUGCUCCCUCCAACGCCAACAUGAUUUACACGAUCGUUAACGGCGAUGGAGUGAACUCAGGGUUUGAAAUCGACCCCCGGAACGGCCUGGUGAAGAUCAGAGAGAAGCCUGACAGGGAGACCCGGGCCAGGUACCAGCUCAUAGUUGAGGCCAAUGACCAGGGCAAAGAGCCAGGCCCCCGCAGUGCCACUGCCACUGUUAAUAUCUCAGUGGAGGACGAGAACGACAACUACCCACAGUUCAGUGAAAAGCGGUAUAUUGUUCAAGUCCCAGAGAAUGUAGCAAUCAACACUAAAGUCAUCCAGGUGGAAGCGACAGAUAAAGAUGAGGGGAAUAACGCUAAAGUACAUUACAGCAUCAUCAGCGGCAAUGUUAAAGGACAGUUUUACAUUCACUCUCCAACUGGAGUCAUAGACGUCAUCAAUCCUCUGGACUAUGAGAUGAUUCGAGAGUACAAUUUACGAAUAAAGGCUCAGGAUGGGGGAAGGCCUCCGCUGAUAAACGGCACGGGUAUGGUUAUUGUGCAAGUCGUGGACGUGAACGACAACGCCCCCAUGUUUGUCAGCACGCCUUUUCAGGCCACUGUUUUAGAAAAUGUGGCAAUUGGUUAUUCUGUGAUCCACAUUCAAGCAAUUGAUGGCGAUUCAGGGGAAAAUGCUCGUUUGGAAUACAGAUUAAUCGACACCACGCCUGGUUUCCCAUUCACUAUUAACAACAGCACAGGCUGGGUUACUGUGAGCGAUGAGCUUGACAGGGAGACCACUGAGUUCUACACUUUUGGCGUGGAAGCAAGGGAUCAUGGGAUACCAGUGAUGUCCUCCUCAGCUAGCGUUAGCAUCACAGUGCUUGAUGUAAAUGACAACGUACCAACGUUUACAGAGAGGACCUACUCGCUGAAGAUCAAUGAAGAUGCUGUUGUCGGGUCCAGCGUCCUGACGGUGACUGCCGUGGACAGGGAUGUCAACAGCGUGGUGACUUAUCAGAUCUCUAGUGGCAACACCAGGAAUCGCUUUGCCAUCACCAGCCAGAGCGGAGGCGGUCUCAUCACUUUAGCGCUCCCUUUGGACUACAAGCAGGAACGCCAGUAUGUGCUAACAGUCACCGCCAGCGACGGAACACGCUACGACACCGCUCAGGUGUUCAUCAAUGUCACCGACGCCAACACACACCGGCCGGUCUUCCAGAGCGCUAACUACCAGGUUAUGCUCAGUGAAGAAAAACCAGUUGGCUCCACUGUUGUUGUUAUUAGUGCGACAGAUGAGGACACGGGGGAAAACGCUCGCAUCACAUAUGUGAUGGAGGAUAACGUUCCUCAGUUUAAAAUCGACCCAGAUACAGGAGCCAUUACAACACAAAUGGAGAUUGAUUAUGAAGACCAAGCCUCCUACACGUUAGCCAUCAUUGCCAGAGACAACGGCAUUCCUCAGAAAUCUGAUACCACUUAUGUGGAGAUCAUCAUCCUGGAUGCUAACGAUAAUACCCCCCAGUUUCUUAGGGACAUGUACCAAGGGACUGUACUAGAGGAUGCACCUGUCUACACCAGCGUACUCCAGAUCUCGGCCUCAGAUAGAGACUCUGGCUCAAAUGGCAGAGUGAGCUACACGUUCCAGGGUGGAGAUGAUGGAGAGGGGGACUUCUUUAUCGAGCCUUACUCUGGUAUCAUCAGAACUGCUCGCAAACUGGACCGGGAGAACGUCCCUGUUUACAACCUAAAAGCCUACGCUGUGGAUAGGGGGAUCCCACCGCUGAAAGCAGCUGUCCCUAUUCACGUGGUCGUCCAGGACAUAAACGACAACGCACCCGUGUUUGAGAAGGACGAGCUGUUCAUCGAUGUGGAGGAGAACAGCCAGGUGGGCUCUGUUGUUGCCCGAAUCACCGCUAUGGACCCCGAUGAGGGCACCAACGCUCAGAUCAUGUACCAGAUCGUGGAGGGGAACAUGCCAGAAGUUUUUCAGCUGGAUAUUUUUAAUGGAGACCUCACUGCUCUCACAGACCUGGAUUAUGAAACCAAAACAGAGUACGUGAUUGUGGUUCAGGCUACCUCGGCGCCGCUGGUGAGCCGGGCCACGGUUCACAUCCGCCUUGUGGACCUGAACGACAACAAGCCACUCCUGCAACACUUUGAGAUUAUUUUCAACAACUAUGUCACCAACAAGUCCAACAGUUUCCCUACAGGAAUAAUAGGAAAGGUUCCAGCUCAUGACCCGGAUGUGUCGGAUAAGUUACGAUACAAGUUUGAAUCAGGAAAUGAGCUAAAUCUGCUGCUGCUCAAUGAAGACACUGGAGACCUGAGGCUAAGCAGGGAUCUGGACAACAACAGACCCCUGGAAGCACCCAUGACUAUUUCUGUCUCAGAUGGCAUCCAUCGUGUCGUAGCCCAGUGCACGCUGCGUGUCACCAUCAUCACUGAUGACAUGCUGACCAACAGCAUCACCGUGCGUCUGGAGAACAUGUCCCAGGAGCGCUUCCUGUCCCCCCUGCUGAGUCUGUUCCUGGAGGGCGUGGCUGCUGUGCUUUCCACCAAACGGGAGGAAGUCUUUGUGUUUAACAUCCAAAAUGACACCGACGUCCAGGGCUCCAUUCUCAACGUCACGUUUUCAGCUCUGCAGCCUGAGGGCGUGCAGGGGAAGGGGACGUUCUUCCCCUCAGAGGAGCUCCAGGAGCAGAUCUACCUCAACAGGACUCUGCUUAGGCUCAUAUCUUCUCAGGAGGUUCUGCCUUUUGAUGACAACAUCUGCCUGCGGGAACCCUGUGAGAACUACAUGAAGUGUGUGUCCGUGCUGAAGUUCGACAGUUCUCCUCCCUUCAUCGCCUCAGACACGGUUCUGUUUCGGCCCAUUCACCCCAUCAACGGGCUGCGCUGCCGCUGUCCUCUGGGUUUCACGGGAGACUACUGUGAAACUGAGAUUGACCUCUGCUACUCAGGACCCUGCAAGAAUAACGGCAGAUGCCGCAGCCGUGAGGGAGGAUACACCUGCGAGUGCCUGGAGGACUUCACAGGUGAACACUGUGAGCUGAAUGCAUCAUCAGGACGGUGUGUCCCAGGUGUGUGUAAGAACGGCGGGAAGUGUGUGAAUCGCCUCGCCGGUGGGUUUAUGUGUGAGUGUCCAGAAGGAGAGUUUGAGAAACCCUACUGUGAGAUGACCACACGCAGUUUCCCUGGACGCUCCUUUAUCACCUUUCGAGGCCUGCGGCAGAGAUUCCACUUCACCGUGUCCUUCAUGUUUGCUACGAGAGAGAGGAAUGCUCUGCUUCUGUACAACGGCAGAUUCAAUGAAAAACACGACUUCAUCGCUGUGGAAAUCAUAGAUGAGCAGAUUCAGCUCACCUUCUCAGGAGGAGAAACGAAGACCUCGGUGUCCCCCUUCAUACCAGGCGGGGUCAGUGAUGGCCAGUGGCAUUCUGUCCAGCUCCAUUACUACAACAUGGAAGGGGGGAGUCUUGUGGACUCCAGUGGGGCUCUGCGGCUCCCGCUCUAUACUGCCUGGCUGGAGCUCAAUCAGAAGGAGCCAAACAUUGGGCGUUUGGGAACCCCUCAUGGACCGUCUGGAGAGAAGGUGGCUGUGGUGGCUGUGGAUGACUGUGACAUCUCCAUGGCCAUUCGCUUUGGGAAGCAGAUUGGAAACUACUCCUGUGCUGCCCAGGGCACCCAAACGGGACAGAAGAAGUCCCUGGACUUGACAGGACCCCUUCUGCUAGGUGGAGUUCCCAACCUACCUGAGGACUUCCCAGUCAGGAACAGAGACUUCAUGGGCUGCAUGAGAAACCUCAGCAUUGACAGCAGACCCAUCGACAUGGCCAGCUACAUCGCUAACAACGGCACCGUAGCAGGCUGUCCAGCAAAGAAAAACUUUUGCACCAGUGAGGUGUGUCAGAAUGGAGGAGUGUGUGUCAGUAAGUGGUUGACCUACAGCUGCGACUGUCCCACCGGGUAUGGAGGCAAGAACUGUGAACAAGUGAUGCCGGCUCCUCAGUUCUUCGACGGCCAGGCUCUGGUCUCCUGGAGUGACACCGACAUCACCAUAGCAGUUCCCUGGUACAUGGGCCUCAUGUUCCGCACCAGGCAGCCUGCUGGGACCUUGAUCCAGGCCAACGCUGGACCGUCAUCCACCAUCACCCUUAUGGUGAGUGAGCAGCGGGUACGUAUGGAGGUGUUGCUGAGACAGCAGCUAGUGGCCUCUCUGGGCUUCCCCCAGGUCCGGGUCAAUGACGGCGAGUGGCACCACUUGCUGGUGGAACUGAGAAGUGUUAAAGAUGGCAAGGACAUCAAAUACAUGGCUGCUGUGUCCCUGGACUACGACGUGUACCAGAAGUCAGUAGAGAUCGGCAAUGAGCUGCCAGGGCUAAAGCUGCAGACCCUCCAUGUAGGAGGCCUGCCUGGAGACGGGAACCAUGUCAGCAGAGGAUUUGUUGGCUGCAUCCAGGGGGUGCGUUUGGGAGAGACCUCCACCAAUGUGGCCAAUGUGAACAUGGCUCAGGCCCUGAAGAUCCGCGUAGAAGAGGGCUGUGACCUGGCCGACCCCUGUGACUCCAGCAUCUGCCCUGAGAACAGCCACUGCAGCGAUGACUGGAGCACACACACCUGUGUUUGUGACCCAGGGUUUUUUGGUAAGGAGUGCGUUGACGCUUGCCAGCUCAAUCCCUGUGAGCAUGUUUCCACUUGCAUCCGGAAGCCGAGCUCCUCUCACGGCUACACCUGUGAAUGUGGACAGAACUACUACGGACAGUACUGUGAAAACAAAGUGGAGCGGCCGUGUCCCCAAGGCUGGUGGGGCAGUCCCAUGUGUGGACCGUGCAACUGUGAUACCAGCAGAGGGUUCCACAAAGACUGCAACAAGACCAGUGGAGAAUGUCGCUGCAAGGAGAACCAUUAUCAGCCAGAGGGGGAACAUGCCUGCUACCCCUGUGAGUGCUUCUCUGUUGGCUCUGAGUCUCGAACGUGCGACCCCGUCACUGGGCAGUGCCCGUGUAAAGGAGGAGUCAUCGGGCGACAGUGUAACCGCUGUGAUAACCCCUUUGCUGAGGUCACUCCCACUGGAUGUGAAGUGGUGUAUGAGGGCUGUCCAAAGGCGUUCGACUCAGGCAUCUGGUGGCCCAAGACCAAGUUUGGGCGCCCUGCAGCGAUGAACUGUCCCAAAGGAUCCAUUGGUACUGCCAUCCGCCACUGUAGUGAUGAGAAGGGCUGGCUGUCACCUGAACUCUUCAACUGCACCACUGUUACCUUCUCCCACCUGCAGAAACUGAAUGAAUACCUGCGCCGUAACUCUUCAAGAAUGGACAGCGAACACUCCAGGAACAUUGCACACAUGCUCUACAGUGCCACCAAUAACACGGAGCAUUACUACGGCAACGAUGUGAAGACAGCCGCCCAGCUUUUGAACCAAGUGCUGCAGUACGAGAGCCAGCAGGCGGGGUUUAAACUCACCGCCAUGAAGGAUUCAGAGUUCAACGAGAACUUGGUGCGAGCUGGUAGUUCCUUGCUGCAUCCUGACAACAGAGAGCACUGGGAGUACAUACAGAGGACAGAAGGGGGCACAGCACACCUGCUCAGGAACUUUGAGAGCUAUGCUAACACCUUAGCUCAGAACGUGAGGAAAACGUACCUAAAACCCUUCACCAUCGUCACUGAAAACAUGAUUCUGACUGUGGACUACUUGGAUGUGUCAGACCAUGAGAAGGCGACAUUACCCCGAUUUCACGACAUCCAGGAGGCCUAUCCUCGAGAGCUUGGGUCCUCCAUCCACUUCCCCCAGUUCAACCUCCACACUCAGGGCCUCAGAGCAAACCCGACUCCCACCCCUUCAACUCAGGCAGAGCUACAGGAGGAGCACGCAGUAUCUGACAGGAAACGGCGGCACCUGGAACCACCCGCCCCUCUACCAGUGGCUGUGGUGAUCGUGUACAAAUCACUAGGACAGCUCCUUCCAGAGAGAUAUGACCCUGAUCGGAGGAGUCUGAGACUUCCCAACCGUCCCGUCAUCAACACAGCCAUAGUGAGCGCUACGGUGCACAGUGAAGGUCCUCCUCUUCCUCCUGUCCUGGAGCCCCCCAUCACCUUAGAGUACACGUUGCUAGAAACAGAGGAGAGAACCAAACCUGUCUGUGUUUUCUGGAACCACUCCAUUGCGGUUGGAGGAACAGGCGGCUGGUCUGCUAAAGGCUGCGAGCUCCUCAACAGGAACAACAGCCAUAUUAGCUGUCGGUGUAACCACAUGACGAGCUUUGCUGUGCUCAUGGACAUUUCCAAGAGAGAGAAUGGAGACGUUCUACCCUUGAAGAUUGUCACCUACACCACUUUGUCGGUCUCUCUUUUCCUCCUCCUCCUCACCUUCAUCUUUCUGUGCCUCCUGCGUCGGCUUCGCUCCAACCUCCAUGCAAUUCACCGAAACCUGGUAGCAGCCCUGUUCUUCUCAGAGCUCAUUUUCCUUCUUGGCAUCAAUCAGACUGACAAUCCAUUCGUGUGUACAGUCAUAGCCAUCCUCCUCCAGUACUUCUACCUGUGCACCUUCGCCUGGAUGUUUGUUGAGGGGCUCCACAUCUACCGCAUGCUGACUGAGCUGAGAAACAUCAACCACGGCCACAUGAGGUUUUAUUACGCCAUAGGCUGGGGUAUUCCUGCUAUUAUUACUGGCUUGGCCGUAGGUCUUGACCCUCAGGGCUAUGGGAACCCAGAUUUCUGCUGGCUCUCCAUCCAUGACACACUCAUCUGGAGCUUUGCUGGGCCCAUCUUCGUGGUUGUGAUGGUGAAUGUAGUGGUCUUCCUCCUGGCUGGGAAGGCUUCCUGUGGUCACCGGCAGAAGGCUGUGGAAAAGUCCGGGGCCAUACCUGCACUUCGGAUGGCCUUCUUCCUGCUGGUGCUCAUCUGUGCUACCUGGCUGCUGGGCCUAAUGGCCGUCAACAGCGACGUGAUGACCUUCCACUACCUGUUCGCUGCCUUCAGCUGUCUGCAGGGAGUUUUUAUUAUCUCCUUCCAUGUGAUCUUCAACAAGGAGGUAAGGAAGCACCUAAAGAUCUUCUUCACAGGAAAAAAGAACAUUCCAGAUGAAUCCAGCACCACACGGGCUUCUCUGCUCACACGCUCCCUUAACUGCAACAACACGUACACAGAGGACGGAGGGCUGUACCGCUCAGGCAUCGGCGAGUCCACUGUCUCCUUGGACAGCACGCUCAGGUCAGCCAAGAGCCGCAGCAGCUACCUGGCAUACACACUCAGGGAGGAGUCUGGUCAGAAGCCGAGCGUCUCCUCUGGGACAGCUAAAGGACACACAGACUUGGAUGGACCGCUGUUCCACAGAAAAGGCACCAAAGGAGACGACUCGGACUCUGACAGCGAGCUGUCUGUGGAUGAACACAGCUCCUCCUACGCCUCCUCCCACUCCUCUGACAGUGAGGACGAUGACAUCGAUGUUAAACCCAAGUGGAACAACGAGAGACAGCCAAUCCACAGCACACCUAAAGUGGAUUCAGUGUCCAAUCACGUGAAGCCUUACUGGCCGACAGAGGCCACCACGGCUAGUGACAGUGAGGAUCAUGGAGGGGCUGAGAGACUGAGGGUGGAGACCAAGGUGAAUGUGGAGCUCCAUCUGGAGAGUAAACUAAACCACAUAGGAGAAAGAGAGAAGGACUCUCUCCAAGCACCUGGUGAUGUUAGAGACGCAGCGCCUACUAGCCAGCCCAACAGGAUCAGCAGCCACCAACCAGAGCAGAGGAAAGGUAUCCUGAAGAACAAGAUCAGCUACCCUCCACCACUGACCGACAAGAAUAUGAAGAACCGUCUGAGGGAGAAGCUUAGCGACUACAACACCCCCACCAUUACCUCCCCCCCUCCAAACAACAAUACCACCUCUUCUCUAGCGCCCUCUUCUGUCAACAUCAUGACCCCUCCAUCUCAGCCUCCAUCUUUGGCUUUAAACGACGGAGGUCACCCUGGCAACCAUGACAUCAGCACCCUUAUCAAGCCCCCCAUGACUCCAAGGCCUCAGAUCUCCUCUGGGCCCCCACCGACAGGCGUCUACGAAGAGACUAAUGGAGGGGUCGCCAUGCACUUGAAGACGGGGACACUGAAUGGAGGCAACGAGUCUGACUCAGACGGCAGUAAUGAGACUUCCAUCUGACCAGUGAGGAAAGUCCAGACCCGCCUGCCCUGGAGGGGGGGGGGGUACACCACCUGUUCAGGGAGGGGAGGAGAGAGCAGAAAGACAAAGAGGAUGGAAGAAGGAAAAGGUUCUGCAGGUGGAAUCGGGGCACAAAGGGUUCCCUGGUUGAGUCCAUGGAUGAGUCCCUCCUGUCGUGUUUCUCUCUCUGGAGAGCAGUAUUAUUGCAGACUUUUGGACUGCCUAAGACAAAGAAAUGAACAGUUCAUGAAAAGAUAGAAAAGGAAGAAGGGAAAGCUGUGUUGACUCUACCAAGAAAGGAUACGAUGGAGCCAUAAGUGCCAAAACCACUGGGAGGAUGAGUCAGAGAAGGAGAACUUUCCGCCUGGAUUUAGAGGAAGUCCCCCUUGGUAGCUACGAUGUGAUGCCUGCCUACACCCCUCUGUGGAUUUAGGAUUAUUCUGGACACAGUAAUGCAGUGAACAUUUACAGUCCUGAAGAUUUCAACAAUUUUAAGUCUCAUCUGAAAGAUCUGCCCCAGCGUGUUCUUGUUGAUCUGCCGCCAUCAGCAGAACUCUUCACGUUAAGUGCUCUUUUUACUGUUUGACUCAAAGAAGGGCUGCACCAACUCCUUAAUGCACUGCGUUCAGAGGAUAAUAUUUUUGUAUUUAUUUGGGGCUGUUUGGACUUUGGUAGGAUAGGAGAGUAAAAGUCAUUGAGGAAGAGAGGCUCAGGUCAGACCUGAACCCAGGACACCCAUCUGAAGGACUACAGCUUCUAGUCAUGGGGCACAACCAAAACCUUCUGCCAACUGCGCCCCCAAGCACACAUUCAGAAACUGAAACAAUAUUUUUAACCAUAAACCCAUAUCUACAUGCUGGUUUAAUCCAAUGAGAACCUUCCUCUGCCUUUACCCCAAGCUAAAGCCUCAGAAAAACACGAUGGAUGCCAGACUGUGAUACUCCUGUUAAAUCUAGUCUAGAAGUUCCCUCGUAGACUCACAGUGAGGAGUAGGGCCUAAAUACAAAUGUUUAGUUAGACUUUACCCUGUGUCCAAACAUUUUCUCAGUUUGAGCACAAUGAAGAGCCUUCUUUUCCAGUGUCCAUCCUGUCUUUAUACUGAAAGCAAAUGUACCGAAAUACAGUUUAUGUGCAGACUUCACUUUUGGUUCAGUUUAUCCUGGAAUACAAAUGUGUUUGUUUUUGUUUUGUAGGAGGCGUUUCAGGUAUUAAAGGAUGGAUUUCAGACGUCCAGGCUUGACAUAAAUCAAACUUCAUUGCAAAAAACUCAAAGUUACCACUAAAACUGUCUGUUGUGAUUUUCUGCAGCUAAAAUGACAUUAUCUUGUUUGCUACCCACCCCAGUGUUUUGCCCAUGAGGGAUCAAUGCUGUUGUUAAACUUCCGCCUUUUUUAAACUGAGACACUGGAAAUGAUUUGUAAUAUAAUGUAUAUUUAUUUUUUAUGGUUUGAAGACACUGGAAGAAAAAAACUAUUGUAACUGUAAAAAUAAAG